UUAGUACUCGACCACAAAGGUGAAAAGAAAAUUUGUUAGGCUCACAAAAGAAAAUAUAUGUUCCUUGGUGGGGCAAAAAAGACUCGACUUUUAGUCAUGAAAGUUGUUCAGAAAGGGAGGUUUAUAGAUGUGUGAAAAAUGAAAAAUCAGCAAAUCAACAUUAAUUUGAGCGAUGAGGGCACUUAGAACUUGAAGGUAACGGCAGGGACCACAAAGCAUUUUUUCCAGAUGAUAUUUUUCAACUAAUUUGGAAGACUCGUUUGACUCUGGAGUUGAAUAAAAUUCUGGCUUACAGAUAUACAAUCAAUGUUCCCCUACUGCUUGUAAAAAUCAGCAAUGCUCCAAAUAGUUUCGCAAAUGGUUUGGGCUCUAUCUAUUCACCUAGCCUUCUUUACACUAAUCCUCCUGCAAUCAUCCAUUGUUGCUGACCGAAGUGCCAACAACAUAUCAGUUGGCACCUCUUUGUCAGCCAACAUAAAUACCCCUUCAUGGCUUUCACCUUCAGGUGAUUUUGCCUUUGGUUUUCAUCAAUUACCCAACACCAAAAAUCUGUUUUUGCUUGCUGUUUGGUAUGCAAAGAUCCCAAACACGGUUGUCUGGCAUGCAAAUGAAGGUAACCCCGUUCCCCAAGAAUCGACAGUAACACUAACUGCUGAAAAGGGAUUAGUCCUCAGUGAUCCAAGAGGCAGUCAGCUUUGGAGUACCUUGGAUGAGUUGUCUGGUUUUGUAGGCUAUGGAUUUAUGAAUGAUACCGGAAAUUUCGCCCUCAAGAGAAGCACAGACAAUGAGAUAAUAUGGCAAAGCUUUGCGCAUCCUACAGACACCUUGCUGCCAACCCAGGUCAUGGACUCAAAUUCGGUGGUUAAUUCUCGGUUAUCAAAAACUAGUUUCACAACAGGGAGGUUUCAAAUGCGUUUCCUCGAUGAUGGGAAGCUCGUGCUUAAUACCAGGGACCCAGCUACAAACUACAAUUAUAGUUAUUUCUACUAUAUCAGUCACGCCACUGACACUGUAAAUUCAUACAACUCAGGUGAGAAGGUGGUUUAUGAGGAAUCAGGGCAUAUGUUUAUCCUCCUAAAAAAUGGCGCAAAGGUUCAUCUCACACCAAAUCAGUUAAAACCAGCCAAAAAUUAUUAUCACAGAAUGACUCUUGAUAUUGAUGGAGUUCUCACCUGGUAUUACCACAGAAGAACUUUUACCGAGGAAAGCAGUGCUGUUUGGUCAACAACAAAAUUGAUUCCAGACAAUAUCUGUGAUAGUUUUGGCGGUUCAACAGUUGGCAGUGGAGCUUGCGGGUAUAACAGCAUUUGCUGGAUCGGUGAAGAUCGCAGACCAAGGUGUGGAUGUCCACCAAAUUAUUCUCCAAUAGAUCCUCAUGACAUGUUCAGCAGCUGCAAACCAGAUUUCCAGAUGGAUCAGUGUGAAGAAACGGCAAAGGGUAAAUAUAAGCUAAUUAAGCUACAAUAUACAGAUUGGCCACAGGCUGAUUAUGCCAUACUUAGUCCUUGUAGUGAAAAGUCCUGCCAGAGUUUUUGUUUCGAUGAUUGCUUUUGCGCUGCUGUAAUUUAUGAACGAAGCACAAAAAUGUGUUGGAAAAAGAAGACACCACUCUUCAAUGGGAUGAAUGGCAGUAGAGUGACUAGAAUCGCGUGGCUUAAGGUAGGCAACGGUUAUUCUUAUACCAACGCACUCAGUGCUGUUGUUUCAGUUCUGUUAGGUGGCUCUAUUUCUGUUAAUUUCUUUCUAUUGAGUACCAUGGGUUUGGGAUUCUACUAUAUAUACAAGAAGAUGCAGCUACAAGAGGUUGAUGUCAGAACUAGUAAAAUGCUUAAGGAGUACAGCAAUGUCCAUUGCUUCAGCUACCAUGAGCUUGAAGAGGCAACAAAUGAGUUCAAGGAAGAAUUAGGAAGAGGGGGUUUUGGUAUAGUUUACAAAGUCAUAAUAGGUAAGAAAGAUUCUCCAUUUUAUGUUGCAGUAAAGUUGUUGGAUCAAAUAUUCAAUGAUGCGGAUAAGGAAUUCAAAAAUGAAGUAAAUGUGAUAGGCCAAACUCACCACAGGAAUCUAGUUCGGCUUGUAGGAUUUUGCAAGGAGAAAGAUCAGAGGCUACUUGUAUAUGAAUAUAUGAGCAACAGUACCUUAGCAGAUCAUCUGUUUGGUAAUAUGAGACCAAGCUGGACAACCAGGGUUCAAAUUUCUUUAGGAACUGCAAGGGGGCUCUUGUAUUUGCAUGAAGAGUGCAGUUCCCAGAUCAUUCACUGCGAUAUCAAGGCCCAGAACAUACUACUUGAUGACAAUCUAAAUCCUCGUAUUUCUGAUUUUGGUUUGGUGAAGCUGUUGGACUUAAAUCAGUCCCAAACAACUACUGUAAUCAGAGGGACAAAAGGAUAUGUUGCCCCUGAAUGGUUUAGAAACAAGCCAGUUACAGCAAAGGUGGAUGUGUAUAGCUUUGGGGUUUUGCUAUUAGAGAUCAUAUGUUGUAGACGAUGUGUAUGCCUAGAGCUCAUGGAAGAGGAGAAGCAAAUUCUGACAGAUUGGGCAUUUGAUUGCUAUCAAUUUAGCACACUAGAGUCUCUGGUUAGUGAUGACAUGGAGGUGCACAAUGACAAGUUACAAUUGGAGAGGUUUGUGAUGGUUUCUCUUUGGUGUAUCCAGGAAGACCCACGUCUACGACCAACAAUGAGAAAGGUCACACAGAUGCUUGAAGGCAUUGUCCAGGUGCCAAACCCUCCUUACCCACCCUCAUACUCAAUUACUAGCCAAUGAUAGAACACUUGGAACCUCAAGCAUUACAGUUUAACUUCUGGUUAUUUUUACUUUUGUUUUGUUGAACUUCUGAGCAUGAUAUAUACAUUUUCUUUCCAUGUUAGAUAAUUCUAUUUAUCUUUGGAACAAUUUUAAACCUUAUACUUUUGUAGAAGAAUUAGGGACUGCAAAAACUACCAUAUUUGUAAUUAGCAACAACUGUCUUAUACAGUAUGUUGCAGUACAUUAUUUUCUCUCUAACUGAUGCAGCCUUUCUCUAG